AUGAGAUUCACUACUUCUCUCGCAACCCUCCUCCUCGCCGUCUCCGGCGGCGUCUCCGGCGCUCCCGUCGAGGCCGUCAACGCCCGCGGUGCCAUCAGCGACGGCACCCAGCGACUCGGCGACGGGAUCCAGACCAUGGCCAACAACGCCGGCAACAUGCUCGAGCACGGCGGCGAGAUGCUCUCCAACGCCGUGGUGCAGGCCGGCAAGGGCGCCGACAAGGCCGUCGGCGACGCGCAGGUCAUGGUGCAAAAGGCCGGCCAGGAGGUGCAGGGCGCCGCGCAACGGGUCGGCCAGGAAGUGCAGGGAGCCGCGCAGCAGGUGACGGACGGCGUCAAAGACAUGGCGCAGCAGGUCGGCGACGAUGUUCAGGGCGCGGCCAACGCGGCUGGUCACCUGGCAAAGGGCGCCAGCAACAUGAUGAACGGCAUCGGCAAGGGACUGGCCAGCUGCGCCAGCGGGGAGAACCCAGCCUGCAACAAAUAA